AUGACUAUUUUAAGAGGAGGUUGGUACUCACUAUGUUUAUAUUUUAAGCAGCAUCCAAGAGGAUUGGAACUUGAUAUUCCUUAUUACCACCAUGGUUUUGCAAUAGAAAUGCAACGAGAACAACAUGGGAAAUAUAUAAAAUUCUUUCAUAGAGAUGAUUCCAAUAAUUUUAUCAGAUAG